ACAAGCCCUUCAUGAUCAUCACGGAAUACAUGGAGAACGGGGCACUGGAUAAAUUCCUGCGGGAAAAAGAGGGGGACUUUGGCGUCAUCCAGCUGGUGGGGAUGCUGCGGGGCAUCGCCGCCGGCAUGAAGUACUUGGCCAACAUGAAUUACGUCCAUCGGGAUCUGGCAGCCAGGAACAUCCUGGUGAACAGCAACCUGGUGUGCAAGGUGUCCGAUUUUGGGCUCUCCAGGGUGCUGGAAGAUGACCCUGAAGCCACCUACACCACCAGCGGCGGGAAGAUCCCGAUCCGCUGGACGGCGCCCGAAGCCAUCUCCUACCGCAAGUUCACCUCGGCCAGCGACGUCUGGAGCUACGGCAUCGUCAUGUGGGAGGUGAUGUCCUACGGCGAGCGGCCCUACUGGGAACUCUCCAACCACGAGGUGAUGAAGGCCAUCAACGAGGGUUUCAGGCUCCCUGCACCCCUGGACUGCCCCUCAGCCAUCUACCAGCUGAUGAUGCAGUGCUGGCAGCAGGAGCGCGCCCGGCGCCCCAAAUUCGCCGACAUCGUCAGCAUCCUGGACAAGCUGAUCCGCGCCCCCGAGUCCCUCAAGGCUCUGGCGGAUUUUGACCCUCGGGUGUCCAUCCGCCUGCCCAGCACCAGCGGCUCCGAGGGUGUCCCGUUCCGCUCCGUCCCGGAGUGGUUGGAGUCCAUCCGGAUGCCCCAGUACACCGAGACCUUCAUGGCCUCGGGCUACAGCACCAUCGAGAAGGUCCUGCAGAUGACCAGCGAGGACAUCAAGCGGAUCGGGGUGCGGCUGCCGGGCCACCAGAAGAGGAUCACCUACAGCCUGCUGGGGCUGCAGGAGCAGGCGGGGGCCGGGGGGGCCCCGGGCUGAGCCCCCCCAGA